UGGGUACAUUUAUGAUGUUUAUUUGUCAUCCCCACCAAUCAAAGUUGACCUAAAAUAGCCAGUAAAACCAGCAAAGGAACAAUUUUUGCCAUUACACUUUCUUGGACUGUUUCCAAGCUUCUCUGGCAAUGUAUAAGCUAACAAAGAAUGAAUGAAAGAUGGGUUAAUGAUAAUUUAUUCAGAGAAAUGAAGAAAAGUUCAGUUGCUACACAGAGUUUAGGUAAUUUUCCAAGUCCUGGAGCUCCCAAGUGGUGGAGUUCAGAGCGGAUACCGCACCCAACAAGCACCAGCAGCAGCAAAAGGCACAUAAGUGAUGCUGCUUUGACACCAUUUUAUAGUGGAAGGACCUUGCCCUCUAAAUGGGAGAAUGCAGAGAGGUGGAUUUGUAGUCCAGUUUCAGGUUACAGUGUUACCAAGACUUCUUCAAAUUCUCAGUUUCAGAGGCGGCCUAAGUCCAAAAGUGGGCCUAUUGUGCCUCCUGGCAUGGGGCAGUAUUCACCUACUCUGCAGCUUCUUGAUGGUGCUGCUGCGAAAAAUUUUAUGGCAGCGUCUCCAUUUUCUACUGGGGUUUUAGUGCCUACUGGGGCUUGUGUUAACUACGGUGUUGAGCAGGGCUAUUUAGUUCAGAGUGAGAGCCAUGUGGCCCGCUGGUCAGAUUUGGUGAGUGAGAAUUCUUUCCCAAGCUCUCAAGAUGAGAAGCUUGAUGACAUCUUGGAUGCCGAAAACAUAGUUUCUCAUGUGCCUUCACGAAGAGAUAUGGCUACACAAAUGAGUCCUGACAGUAGUUGCCAUUCAUCUCCUAAUUCUUCUCAUGAGCCACAGAGUGAGCAUCCUGCAAAAUUGGAGAUUAGGGAAGUGCAAGUAGACAAACGAGCCACCAUGAUAAGCUGGUCCAAGAAAUAUGGAUCUAGAAGGGUUAAGAAAGGUGUGCCAGAUGUUGAGGAAUUGCACCAAAAUCUAACUGGCCCUUGUGCUUCAUCUUGGGAUCUUUCAGAGGCAGCCACUAGCAUCUCAAAGUUGCAAAGAGAAGAAGCCAAGAUCACUGCAUGGGAGAAUUUGCAGAAGGCAAAAGCUGAGGCAGCCAUAAGAAAACUCGAGAUGAAACUGGAAAAGAAGAGAUCCCAUUCUAUGGACAAGAUCUUGUACAAGCUGAAAGUAUCUCAGAGGAAAGCUGAAGAAAUGAGAAGCUCAAUCUCGACCGCAGAGGAAGAAGAGGUUCCCGAGACUUCUCACAGCGAUAGGUUCUUCCAUAUGCAUGGCUGGAAGAGUUCGUUCAGGGCCUGCUUCACUGGCCACAGCACCUAGUUUUGUGCUCUUCUGGAGAUUUAGCUUUGCGCCUGCUACUGGUAGUUAGCUCUUUAUAUGCCUCUGGUUCCCAAAUUUUGUCUAAUCACUACUGCUUAUUUAGGAUGCUUUAUUAGUUACACUGUAAAUCGUGUUACCAAAAUCAAACUGAGGAUUGUGUAGAACAGCCAAAAUGGAAUUUUCAGGAAUCAGGAGGCUUUGCAAUGCAACACAA